AAAAUAGCCCAUUGGUCACGGACGGGUGAACAAAAAAUAAAGAUCACUAACUAGAGAUUACUCCAUUAUUUAAAUUAAAUUGCGCUAAUAAAAGUCUGAGCAUGGAAUAAAUUACAGUACGUAGCAUAAUAGCCUGAGAUAAGAAGGUUCACUUAUCCAGACAGAGAGGAGAAACCUCUGUAUACUCGUUCCGGGCCAUAAAUCAAUGAUGAUGACAACCACUUCCUCGUUGCUCUCGCCGUGCUCUCUGCUUCCUUCUCAAGGGCCAAACCGGCAAACGCAAUGGAAAAGACACGAAAAGAGACAGUUCUCGAGAAAGGUAGCUGUUUCUGGUGUUGUCAGAGCGGGAUUUGAGCUUAAGCCACCUCCCUAUCCUCUUGAUGCUCUAGAACCGCAUAUGAGCCGGGAAACACUGGAUUAUCAUUGGGGCAAGCAUCACAAAACUUACGUUGAGAACCUGAACAAGCAAAUCCUAGGCACAGAUCUAGAUGGAUUGUCAUUGGAAGAGGUUGUGCUACUUUCAUAUAACAGAGGCAAUAUGCUUCCUGUCUUCAAUAAUGCCGCACAGGCAUGGAACCAUGAGUUCUUCUGGGAGUCUAUCCAACCCGGAGGUGGAGGAAAGCCAAGUGGAGAUCUCCUCAGACUGAUAGAGAGAGAUUUUGGGUCUUUUGAUGACUUUGUAGAAAGGUUCAAGGCAGCUGCAUCCUCCAACUUUGGUUCUGGUUGGACUUGGCUUGCAUACAAGGCGAACAGACUCGAUGUUGCAAAUGCAGUAAACCCGCUUCCAAAGGAGGAAGACAAGAAGCUUGUGAUAGUAAAAACUCCCAAUGCAGUGAAUCCACUCGUGUGGGACUAUUCUCCACUUCUCACCAUUGAUACAUGGGAGCACGCUUACUAUCUGGAUUUUGAGAACCGAAGAGUCGAAUACAUAAAUACAUUCAUGGAAAAGCUUGUGUCAUGGGAAACUGUAAGCACAAGGCUAGAAUCUGCAAUGGCUCGAGCAGCUCAAAGAGAACAAGAAGGAUCUGAUACAGAAGAUGAAGAGAAACCAGAUGAGGAAGAGCCAGAGGUUUACUUAGAUGAUGCAUCUGAGGAGGUUGACUAAAAAAAACUGAGUAUCAAUGAUAAACAUUUAGCUUCUGAACGAAAUGUCAAUUACAGAUCAUAAGCUUUCUGCUUAUUAAUCCCUAAGCUUUAAAUAAAUUUUGUGGUUUCUUUGAAAAACAAAAACUGAAUGUUACAUAUUCUACAUUCCUCCUA